AUGGCCGACGUUGACACUUCGCUUCCUCCAGAACCUUCCGGAGCCGCUGCCGAGCUAGCCGCCCGCCAUGCCUCAGAACAUCCACUCAAACUAUACGGCGGAUGGUUCUGCCCCUUCGUUCAGCGAGCAUGGAUUACACUUUGUGAGAAGGAAAUUCCUCAUCAGUACGUUGAGAUCAAUCCGUACAAGAAGGAAGCCGAUUUCCUAGCCAUGAAUCCUCGCGGUUUGGUGCCAACACUUGCCGUGCCGGUUGGUUCGGAAGGGAAGGACCAGAAGCCAUUGUAUGAGAGCUUGGUGAUCUGCGAGUACUUAGAGGACGCAUAUUCAGAUGAAGCCAAGUAUGGCCGUCGUUUGCUUCCGUCAGAUCCCUACGAAAAAGCCCGGGCUCGGUUGUGGAUCGAUCACAUCAGCACCAGGAUCAUCCCGGCGUUUUACAAGUUUCUGCAGCAUACUCCAGAGAAGCCGUAUAGCAUUGGGCAGGCUCGUGCCGACUUUCACGGCCAUAUUCGAACACUGACGGAGCAGAUGGAUCCUGAUGGGCCGUGGUUCUUGGGCGAGCAAAUCAGCUUGGUGGAUAUCAGUUUGGCACCGUGGGCAAAACGACUUUGGUUGCUGGAUCACUACAAAUCAGGUGGGCUGGGUAUUCCCCAGGAUGAUGGAGAUGCUGUUUGGCAACGCUGGGCCAAGUGGUAUAAUGCCAUUGUCACUCGGAAGAGCGUCCAGGAUACUUGGAGCGCGGAUGAGAGAUAUAUUAUUGCGUAUAAACGCUACGCAGACGAUACGACGAACUCUCUUGUUGGGCAGGCAACGAGACAAGGGCAAAGGUUACCUUGA